AUGGACGAACCGGAGGCCAAACGGGUAAAGCUCGAGGACGAGGCCCAGGAGGUUAAGGAAGAAGUGGAGCAGAAGAUUGACGAGCUCGAGAAACAGAACGAGGACGAAGAUUCGCCGGACGUGUAUACUCGGAAGUUUGACUUUGAGGGCGAGGAGUUCGAGUUCAAGGAGCGGCCAGCCGUUGUUGAAGAGCGGGAAGGUAAAAUCGAGUUUCGCGUCGUGAAUAACGAUGGAUCAGAGGAAGGGUUUCUGAUUUUGACUGGAUUGAAAAACAUUUUCCAGAAACAGCUUCCGAAAAUGCCUCGAGAGUACAUUUCGCGGUUAGUUUACGACCGUAGUCACGUUUCGGUUGCAGUUGUGCGUAAACCGAUGACCGUGGUUGGUGGAAUUGCGUACCGGCCCUUUGAAUCACACAAGUUUGCCGAGAUUGUAUUCUUUGCUAUUUCGUCGACCGAGCAGGUCCGGGGUUACGGCGCCCAUCUCAUGAACCACUUUAAAGAUUAUGUGCGCAACACUACGCAGAUUGAGCACUUUUUGACCUAUGCGGACAACUACGCUAUUGGAUUCUUCAAAAAGCAAGGCUUUACAAAAGACAUUACUUUGCCAAAACCUGUGUGGAUGGGCUAUAUCAAGGACUAUGAGGGAGGAACGCUAAUGCAAUGUACGAUGGUGCCAAGAAUACGUUAUCUCGAUGGCUCCAAGGUUCUCUUGUUGCAAAAAGUUGCGAUUCAAAAGAAAAUCAAAGAACUCUCCAAGUCUAAUAUCCGUCACAAGGGGCUAGCGCAGUUCAAGGGACCUAAUGCUGUGACUGAAGUAGACCCCACGACGAUCCCAGGAAUUAAAGAGGCAGCGUGGACGGCUGAGAUGGACGCACUGGCUCGUAAGCCUAAACGAAAAGGACACUUUAUGGUCAUUCAGCACAUUUUGACCGAGGUGCAAAACCACCCGUCGGCAUGGCCGUUUAUGCAGCCUGUAAACCGAGCUGAGGUGCCCGAUUAUUACGACCUUAUCCAGGAGCCUAUGGAUCUUUCCACAAUGGAACAAAAGCUUGAAAAAGACCAGUAUGACUCGAUGGAUUCGUUUGUGUACGACGCCAAAUUGAUCUUUGACAACUGCCGCAAGUAUAACAGCGAGACCACGACAUACUAUAAGAACGCCACGAAGCUGGACAAGUUCUUUCAGCAAAAAGUCCGAGAGUUCCCUGAAUUCGAGCAUUUGGUCGAAUAG